AUGAAUACUACCUGCUCACAAAGUCAUGGCGGGCGGGAUCGCAUGAUCAAAGAAACAGCAAAGAAAUACGUUAACAUCACACGGGAAGCUUUUGAAUUGUUUAAAUCGUACUGUGAAGAGUGCCAGAAGAAAAGAAAGCGACCAGUUAGAAAAGGUGUGGUUGUUCGACCCAUCUUGACAGACGGGUUUUCUUUUCACGGCCAAGUGGACUUGUUUGAUAUGCAAUCGAUGGCACAGGGUUCCUACAAAUGGAUCAUGGUCUAUCAAGACCACCUCACCAAAUUAUGUGUCCUGCGUCCGCUGUCGUCAAAACGUGCAGCAGAAGUGGCGCAUCAUCUCAUGACAUAUUUCUCUUGUUCGGAGCUCCGUACAUAUUACAGAGUGAUAAUGGUCAGAGAGUACACAGCCGAAAUGAUCAGUGAGCUGAAAAUCAUCUGGCCCAAUUUGUCCUCGUUCAUGGAAAGCCUCGACAUCCACAGAGCCAAGGAUCCGUGGAAAGAGCAAACGGUGGAAAGAGCAAAGACAUGCUGGUUGCAUGGAUGGGAGACAAAAACACCACUGAUGGAGCAUUGGAAUCAAGUUUGUCCAGUUCCAGAAGAAUUCCAGUUUCCCAUGCAGUAUUCGCAAAUCAUCCUAUGCAGCCAUGUUUGGAUGUGA